GAUGGAGAUCGCGCUACACUAGUGCCGCCCUCCAAGAUGCCUAGUAAAUGAUGGAAUCAAACAGGCGGUGUCCGAUCGGUGUCUCCUCGUCGAGUCUCCCCAGUCUAGCGCUGAGGAGUACGUCAUCACUUGUUUCCGUUCCCCAAUUGCGUGCACGCCUCCGCUCAUUCCUCAAUGACCUUUCCUUGUCGGUCCAGCUUCCACAGGCCGUCGCUGGAGGCUCAGACCCCUGCCGACUUGCAGUGGUCUAAGUCCUUGUUCCUAAGUGCCGAAUUUCAAAUGUAUCGUUCCCAUCGGAAAAAUCAAGCUCCCACGGCGAUUGCGUUUGCAGGGAUUCGACCUUCCUUCACGAGUCCACGGUGGAACAUUCUCCCAGUAGGAGUCGGAUAGCUGCG